AUGGGUGGGUUCUCUAGUCACAAUUUGGCUUUCGCAUUUGGCCUUUUAGGCAACAUCAUCUCAUUCUUCGUGUUCCUUUCGCCAAUGCCAACAUUUUACCAAAUAUUCAAGAAAAAAUCAACCGAAGGAUUCCAAUCGGUUCCUUACAUAGUUGCCUUGUUCAGUGCUAUGCUGUUGAUGUAUUAUGCGUUUCUUAAGAAGAAUGACUCUACGCUUAUCAUCACUAUAAACUCAUUUGGAUGCUUGGUGGAAAUUAUUUAUAUUUGCGUUUAUCUCUUUUACGCGCCCAAGAAGAUUAAGUUCAAAACCGUGAAACUAAUUGGACUCAUGCUUGGUGUGUUUGGCGCGAUCCUUAUCUUAACUCAAUUUCUUGUCAAAAAAAGCUCAACCCGCUUUCACAUCGUUGGUUGGAUAUGCCUAGUGUUAUCUGUGAGCGUUUUCGCCGCUCCUCUCUGCAUAUUGAAACAAGUGAUACGAACAAAGAGCGUAGAGUUCAUGCCAUUUUCCUUAUCACUUUCACUUACGCUUAACGCAAUCAUGUGGUUCUUCUAUGGCCUUCUAAUAAAAGACUUCAACAUUGCUAUUCCGAAUGUCUUGGGGUUUAUUUUUGGAAUUAUUCAAAUGGUGCUUUACGCGAUAUACAAGAACCCAAAGAAAGUUGUGAAAGAUCAAAAGUUUUCUUCUGAUCAAAUACCAAACGAAGUGAUAGCAUUGGAGGAAGAGAAGCUAUCUGAAUUAGUCGAACAAGUGAUCGACGUUGUGAAGCUUAGCUCAAUCGCAUGUCAAGAAAUCGGUCCAGUCAUGCUUCAUUUAAAUGGACACAACAUAGCUAGAGAGCUCAAUAUAGUUAAGCCAAACCUUGAAGUCACUGUGCCGGUCUAG